CCUCCGCUUGCGUCAGACACAACGAACUGCUCCACGCCGCGCCAGCCAAACGCGCCGCUCUGAGAUCAUGUGCGGGGCAGCUCCUCGCUAGCAGGCUAGCCCAGGCAGGCAGCAUGGCUCCGAAGCGACGAGCGGGGUCGGGCGGCUUGUGGCUGCGGGCGGGAGCCUGCCUGUUGGCCUGGGCGGCCUUUUGCCGCGUCCGGGCGAGCGCCUGCCCCGCACCGUGCGCCUGCAGCGGCACUACGGUAGACUGUCACGGGCUGGGGCUACGCAGUAUCCCUAAGAACAUCCCGAGGAGCGCAGAGAGGCUGGAGCUGAAUGGAAACAACAUCACUCGGAUCAGUAAACAUGACUUCGCUGGGCUGAAGCAGCUGAGAGUUCUGCAGCUGAUGGAAAACCAGAUCAAUGUGGUGGAACGAGGAGCGUUUGACGACAUGAAAGAACUAGAGCGACUACGACUAAAUCGGAACCAGCUGCAUACUUUGCCAGAGCUCCUUUUCCAGAAUAACCAGGCAUUGUCACGGCUGUAA